ACUAGACGUAUGAUACUAUAUGGAGAUACCAGUGUUCUAUACGCUAAAGUGUGUAUUCAGGGAUGCCUCCCUCCAUUGAGAAGGUGAAACUGAGUGGCCGUCAUGGUGACACGAAUCUCAUUCAUCACUUUUGAGUAAGGAAAAAAAAACACAUUGGACUCCUCCCUUUUGUAGGGAACUAAACAGGAGACACAACUCUGCUUAAUUACCAUAACAAGGGACACAAUUUUGUUUCAUAUCGCCUGACUUUGUGAAAUAUAAAUUCAGUUGUUUGUAUUUGGUGAUAACUAAGAAGAUCGUAAAGCGUGAAGAGUUCGGAAAAAAAAAAUGGAAUUUUGUUUCUAAACGUUCCUGUACAGAAUCGAGUUCUAAUGAUUGGAUUGUUUUAAGAUUUACGACUUAUAAAGAGUCCUAGGCCAAUGGAUGUGUGUAUUUCAAUAACUUUCGAUUUAUAGUGGAACUCUAGGCGAUAUAUAGUAUGUAAACAUGCCCAGUUGGAGGGUUGCUCGCUGCCCAGUGGAUUCCACCAGAUAACACUGACCACCAUGGCCAGAGUACAGUGUUUUGCUAUUCUGACAAACGACCCCAGAUCAGUUUGCUGGGCAGGAGGACUGUUGGACGGGAAGGUCACCCUGGACAUCACAGCUCCAUUGCCUGUUCGAGGUGUCCGCAUGACGUUCUUGGGAGAAGGCCGAGUUGAAUGGACGGAAGGCCAUGCUGUCAACCAAACAACUGGAGCCAUGAAACAGUCUCAGAAAAUCUUUAAAAAUCUGCGGACAAUCCACGAGACAGAGACCUACUCCAAAACUACAACCAUACUUUAUGGCGCAGAUCCCGAAAGCACGUACAACUAUGUUCUGCCGGCCGGAAAUCACACGAUGCCAUUCGAACUUCCGGUGCCUUCUGAUUUGCCGUCGUCAUUUGAAGGGACCCAUGGCUAUGUCCGCUAUUGGCUGGAAUGUAUUCUGGACGUUGUUGGACACCCUGAGCACACGACAAAGAAGGCUUUUACAGUCAUUAGUAAAUACAAUUUGAAUACAGAUCCAGUUGCAAGUAAAGAGAUCAAACGAAGGCAAGAAGUCAACGUAUGCUGUGGAUGUGGCUCUCCUGGGUUUUUUGACAUCAGAUACUAUGUCAGUAGGCGUGGCUACAUGCCUGGCGAAAAGAUGGUAAUAGACAUCCGGGUUAGAAACUACACCAAUAAUUUAUUACACUUAAAGUUGAGAUUUAUAAUGAGCACAAUCUAUCACGCCAAAUCUAAAAGCUUAAAAAUUGACAAGAGACUUCACGAAGGCGAGAAGCAGAUCCAGUCUGCGGGGUCGUUAAAAUGGGAUCCUGAGAUAGCCACCCCUCCCCUGCCCCCAACUGGAUUAGGAGGCAGCAGAGUUAUAGACAUUCGUUAUUGGCUCGAGGUUGAGUUGACCUCUACUGCCUAUUUUGCUGACUCCAUUCAUUUUGCUGAUGAAAUCAAAAUAGGGACCCUACCAUUGACUAAUAUAUCCUCAGCAUUACCGAUAACUGACCAACCAUAUGCUCGUGCUGGACGACAUUUACUGCCCAUUGGCUAUCCCAUGCCUGAGAUUCGAGGACCAGCUACCACUCCCAAUGGUCAUAUCGAUGCUAUCAACUGGCCACCGAGCGAUGCUGAGUCUGGAGCUGUAGCAACUCGUUUCCACGCCUACAAUGGUCACGUUCAACAGCGGUCAACUCCUUCAAAUUCUUCCAUCUGGUGAAAGGAAAGGUUACUGCCAGCUCUUCUCCAUUCCAGAUACACAAAACUAUGUGGAAAGUAUCAGCGAGACGUUUUUGGUUACAGUGAUCACAAGACAUGGACCCAGAGACCAAGCAAUAAUACUUUGAAGAGCUGUGAUCGUAAACCCCACACUAAACGUCCAGAAAUUCAGCUGGUCACUCACAGCAUCAUAGUUAUGAGAAUUUGAUUUUUAAAUUGAUCACAUGGUUGUAUAAAAUUGGUGCAAACCUUCUCAUGUAUAUAGAUUCGAUAUAAAAUCUAGUUUUUAAUGUCUGUAGUGAGCUGGACAGCAUUUUGUUUUAGCGUAAAUAAUUUUGUGUAAUAAGUUUAGUUCUAUGAACUCAUUUAAGCAUAUCUUUAUAGAAGCUUAUAUUGAGUGCAUCUAUAAUUAGUAAGUAUUGAGGUAUUAUUAAUAAAAGCUGUAAUCUAUAACAUAUUAUAAAGAAUUCAUUAUUAUGUAAACUUAAUAUUCUAUGUCUUAAAUACGUGUACAUACGUAUGUGUACCUUUUGGGUGCACAAUGACACACAUAUUGGUUAACACAUAAUCUUGUAAUAGUUAACACAUUAUAUUUAUGUAUAAUUUAUAUCUAUAUUCCAAGGUGUUUGAGCUUCAUAUGUUUUUUUAUUUAUUGAUUGUAAAAACAAUAUGAUAAUAAAAAUAAGAAAACCUUGGUAAGCUGUCAGACAGUUGUUUUUUUUUACCAUUUGGCAAGACUCAACUGACAGUUAGAAUGUAAAGACAUGGGCGGAAAAGAGUGGUGGGAGCGAGUUACAACUAGACUUGUGAAACAAAGAAUUUGCAAACAUUUACAAUUUAAAAAAUUUUUGAAGAUUUGAAUUGAAAUAUUCCUUAAAGUGUGAGUGUUGUCCUGUUUUUGUUUUGAAGGCAGGGCUCUACAUUUCAUGGGAGGGGCGAAGGUCUUAUUAAAGUAUCUGAAGCUGAAGGUAGUUCUAAACAAGUUCUGAAAAAUAGAGAAAAAAAAGUAAAGUAUUCCUUACAGAACUUGCGAUCUAUAGGGCAGAUGAUAUAAAGGUCUUCUGUUUCUAUGUGAGUGUCCCUGCCAGACCUUGCGAUCUAUAGGGCAGAUGAUAUAAAGGUCUUCUGUUUCUAUGUGAGUGUCCCUACCAGACCUUGCGAUCUAUAGGGCAGAUGAUAUAAAUGUCUUCUAUUUCUAUGAGAGUAAAUGACUUGGAUACUUUAUUGUUUUGGUGUCUAUUAUAAAUGUUGCUGGACUUCGACAUUUUCGUGGGUAGUAUCAAGUAGAGUUAUGUUAGUGGGCAGCCAAUCCUCGUUUAGAAAUGUUUAAAUAUAUUAAUUAUAAUGAAUUUCCAUUUUGAAGUUAUUACUUCUUGGAUACACGAUGGUUGGCGUUUCUGCGGUUAAUAUUGUUUUAUACUUUAUAGUUAUAAAUAAGUAUUGGUGAAAUCUAAACACAUAAAUAAUAUUAAUGUAGCUUUCGCAAUGACCAACAUUGUUCAUAUUGUCUCAUUUAUAUCAAACCAAUUCAAUACAUGGUGAUAACGUUUUUGUACAAUAAAAAUCAUCAAUAAAAUUAU